AACGUAACUACCAAAGCGGCCGUAAUAGUCGAGACUCGAUUCCGAACCAAUCUCGUCCCUCUCAUUCUACAUUUCAGCAGUGUCCUCGGUCCGACAUGGCCGAUUCUCAUAUAUACCUCUCCGGAAUCAGUAGGGCAAUUUUCAUCUUCCGCGGCCCUGGCCCGGUACCUGAGGAUGGGAAUAGUCCAGGUGCGGAUGCUGCCACAAGAAGUUCUUUUCACGAACUCAGAUUCAGUCAAUGCGUUUAUGACGAAGAAGUGGUUGUGGGAAGACCUGGCACCAGCGGAGCAUAUUCUGAUUUUCCAGAGUGAUAGUAUGCUGUGCGCGAAUGCCGCCAGGAGCGUCGAUGAUUAUUUCCAGUAUGAUUUUGUGGGGGCGCCGAUUGCUGCCGGGUUGGGCAAGGGAUAUAAUGGUGGAUUGAGUUUGAGAAAGAGGAGUACAAUUAUGAGGAUCCUGGAAGAGUGGGACUGGGAGAAGACGAAGACAAAGGAUGUGAGGUUUGAGGAUCAAUGGUAUUAUGAUAGGAUGUUGAAACUCCAAAAAACAGGCGAUUCCACAGGAGAUGAACUUUCCAUAGAACUUCCCAGCAUGGAAGUGGCGCGAACAUUCAGCGUCGAGACGAUCGAUUACCCGCAUCCGUUGGGUGUGCAUCAGGUGCAUAGGUGGCUGAAAGAGCAGAUGUUGAGUUUGGAUAAGUGGUGUCCGGAGUACCAACUUUGUAGCGAGGAACAUAUC